UUUUUUAUUUGCAUCACGGUUACUAGUUUCCUAAUGAAAAACAGAACAUGAAGGUAUUGGCCCUGAAAUAACACAGUGAUUAAGACAGGCAAAUAUGACCUCUGAAAUAUUUUAUGUAGGCUUAUCAACAUAUUGUGCUUAUUGCCAUUAAGAAUGAUUUUUUUCCCACCUUGGAAAAGAACCGCAAGUCUUUUAGCUGGAUUUCUAGUGUAAUGUAAAAGUUGAGAAGUGGCUUAAUAAUUUAUAACACAAAUGACGUUUGGUCAUUUUUUAAAGUUUAAGCAUAUUUACUCUCAGCACAAUUAAGAGGAGCAUUGUAAACAAAAUCCCUGUCCCAAAAUGCCAAACUUAGAUGAUAUUUUAGAGCACACUGGGGGAUUUGACUUAUUCCAGAAAAGGACUUUCUUUCUUAUUUGCUUGCUCUCUGCUGCCUUUGCCCCAAUCUACGUGGGAGUUGUUUUUUUGGGUUUUAUUCCGGAGCACCGUUGCCUGAAUCCUGGAGUUGCCGAGUUAAGCAGCAGGUGUGGUUGGAGUCCCGAAGAGGAGUUGAAUUACACAGUUCCAAAGGGAAAGACCAGUGGAGAAGUUUUAACUAGUCAGUGCCUGAGGUACAAUGUGAACUGGAAUGCAACUGACCUGAGCUGUACAAAUCCAUUAGAAGGCCUUGGAAAUCAUUGGGACAAGAGCAAUCUUUCUCUUAUCACUUGCCAAGAUGGCUGGGUUUAUGACUCUUCAGUAUCAUCCAUCGUGAGUGAGUUUAACUUGGUGUGUGAAGACUCCUGGAAGCUAGAUGUGUUCCAGGCAUGCGUCAACGCUGGGUUUUUCCUUGGGUCUGUAACUGUUGGCUAUAUAGCAGACAGGUUUGGACGUAAAACAAGUCUCUUGAUUACCAGCCUGGUAACUUCCAUUUCAGGAGUUCUUGUUGCCUUGGCACCAAACUACUUAUGGUCUGUUAUAUUUCGAUUCAUGCAAGGCCUAGUCAGCAAGGGCUCCUGGACAGCAGGCUACAUCCUAAUCACAGAAAUUGUUGGCCCAGAGUACAGGAGGACUGUGGCCAUUCUCUAUCAAGCGGCAUUUACUGUUGGUCUUCUCAUCCUUGAUGCGGUUGCCUAUGCAGUUCCCCACUGGAGAUGGCUUCAGCUUGCUGUAACCUUGCCAACCUUCCUGCUUUUGCUCUACUACUGGUGCCUCCCAGAGUCUCCCAGAUGGCUUAUCUCCCAAGGGCAGAAUGGCAGAGCUAUGGAAAUUGUGAAUGAUAUUGCUAAAACAAAUGGGAAAAUGUUGCCUGGCCAAUUUGAGAGUAUUAUCCUUCAAGAAGGAAAUGAAGAUGAUGAAAAGCUGAGCCCUUCACUUAUUGAUCUUGUGAAGACACCACAGAUGAGAAAAUACACAUUCAUUUUGAUGUAUAAUUGGUUCACAAGUGCUGUGAUGUACCAGGGCCUCAUCAUGUACCUGGGAGUUGCUGCAGGCAAUGUUUAUCUGGAUUUUUUCUACUCCUCUCUUGUGGAAUUUCCUGCUGCCCUCAUACUCAUAUUUACAAUUGAGCGCAUAGGUCGCCGCUAUCCUUGGGCUGCAGCAAAUUUUGUGGCAGGGAUUGCCAGCCUUGCUACAGCUUUCACUCCAGAUGAUAUGCUUGGGCUCAAGGUUACUUUAGCUUGCCUUGGCAGACUGGGGAUCACUAUGGCUUUUGAAAUGGUUUGCUUUGUCAAUACUGAAUUAUAUCCAACAUUUCUCAGAAACCUUGGUGUGAUGGUCUGUUCUUCCUUAUGUGAUUUGGGUGGAAUAAUAUCACCAUUCGUUGUUUAUAGGCUAGCAGAGAUCUGGCAUGAGCUACCUCUUGUAGUCUUUACUUUAGUUGGUUUGAUUGCUGGUGGAUCAGUACUACUUCUACCUGAGACUAAAGGGAGAACCUUGCCUGAAACCAUUGAAGAUGUAGAAAAUUUCCAUCAGUAUCACACUAGUCACCUUAAUUAAUAAUAUGUUGAGUAUUAUUUUAAAAGUGUUAUUUCAAAUGCUGUGUGCAAAGAGUCCAACUUUGCUUACAAAUGAAUGUGCCAAGAAACAACAAACUGAAAGGCCUUGCAUGAUUCCAAGAAUCAUUACAUUAACAAAUGCAUAUUAUUGUCCUCUGUGUCUGUAUGUUUUUAAAUGGUUUAUAUGGUUAAUGCAGCAUGUUACUUAGGAAAUUUACAUUUAAAACAAAAUUAAAUGAGACUUCUGAAAAAUGAGGCUUUGCUUUACA